AAUCAACGUGACGUGUGACGUGAAACUAAUGACAGCAAAUGGUUUGUGUAUACUAUACAGUCCCUACUUUUUAAUGAAAAAAUGUACAUUUAAAAAUAUAUUUACCCAGAAUUUCUGGUAUUUAUUUACCUAAAUAGUGUCUUUAUAAUAAUCUAAUAGUGUAAAAAGUUAAAAUAUGUGGUGUUGGAUUAACUUAAUUAUUAGUUGUCGAAGGUGAACCGCUACAAAUGGCGUCGGACAUUGAGGCUUCUUGUGAAAAUGAUCCGAAUUUUGCAGUGAUUUGUGCGUUUUUAGAGAAAUUCGGUCCGCAAUGUGGUCUCCCAAACUUCGACUUCCUCGAGUUGCAAGGGAUGCUCGAAAACACAGACGAAGUUCCUCCUCAACUCAUUGAUCUUUUGCUGAAGCUUCUGAAAAGGGUGAAGAAAGCUGUGAAGAAUGACAAGUGGGAGAAACACUUAGCAGUAGUAUGUCAUAUUUUCAACAAGCAGGAUGCAUGGGAAAUUGAAAGGUUUGGAUAUAAGAAAGCAAAGCUGACAUCAAAAGUUCGCAUUCUAAAGGAGUUGCUGGAGAUGCAGUUUGACUAUCAUGUUAAAUUUAAAAACGACAUCAACAAACUCUCUGCAGACGAUUUGAGAUCACAACCACUGGGCAGAGAUAAAGCUGGACAUAACUAUUGGUUUCAAGCUGAUGAUAAUUACCAAAUCAGAGUAUACAAAGAAGACAUUGAUGAUGAAACUUGGAGCCUAAUAGCAAAAGAUAGAGAGAGUUUGGUGACUCUUAUAUCAAAAUUAGGUGAUGGCGACUAUAAAGUCAGUUCAGAUUCUGCAGUAAAUGAAGAUAGCAACUCACUAUCAGAAAAACCAACAAUAGAUACUGGCCAGACUGAUGAGGACUCUACAAAAGUGAAUAGUAAUAAGGAAAGUAUAGAAGAAAAGAAAGAAGAAAUCGCUGGGGAGCUUAAAGAAGAACAGAAAGAUACUAAAAAAGAUGAACAAGAAGAAACUAAGGAUAUCAAAGAUGAAAGUGAUGAAAGUGAAGUAGAAGAUAAUCACGAUGAUAAGAAAGAACCUCAAGGAAAUAGUAAAAAAGUUGUUAAAGAUAAGGAAACAAAAGAGCCUGAAAAAGUUGAAGAAAAGAUACCUCUUUUAAGAAUUAAAAAUCUCAAUGAAUUAUUAGAAGGUGAUGCAAAGAGACGAAGGCUAGAUACUGAAGAUACAAGAUUAGGUAUGGAAUGUAAAGUAGUCUUAACACAAGAAAUAAUGGAUCCAGUGGUAAUUGUGAAAGGUGAAGGUUCAGGUGCCGACAAUGAGGCUUUUCUUUCUCCAAUAGUAGGAGAUGAAAUAGAAGAAGAUGUUGUUUAUUUUUAUGGUGAAAGUAAUGGAGCUGACUGUGAGACUGGUAAUGAUGAAACAGUAGUGGAAAAAAACAAUGAUACUAAAACUGAUGACAGUAUUAAAUCUAAUUUAGGUAUAAAUAAAGACAAUAUAGAAAAACAUAAAGAAGUUCCUUGUAAAUUGGAUGAUGUAGGAGUAAAUAGUAAGACUGACAAUAAUAGUACUAAUGAUUCUGUAAAUUCUGAAGAUACCACAUUAAAUGAUGAAGCAGCUAAAUCACCAAAAGAAAACUCUAAGAAAAGUUCAUUCUUUUUUGGUUCACCUGCAAAAAACACUAUUUCUCAAUCCUUAACUGUUGGAUUUGGAACAAAUUGCCAAGAAAAAGAGAAAAAUUGUACCAGUGAAGAGGAGAAAAUAAAAAACCAAGGGAUUGCGAAGGAAAAAUUUGAAAUAAAUCAUAACAAAAAUGAAGGGAACAAAAUAUCAGAUAAAGAAGAAUUAAAUGUAAAUAUGGAAGAAGAUAACAAUUUAGUACCUGUUGUGGAGAAACCUUGUGUAAAGAAAGUAGCUUACGUCUGUGGAAAAGAAGAUGAAGAAGAAAAAAAUGAAAAAGAUGAUGAAGAAGAAAAAAAUGAAAAAGAUAAUAAAGAAGAAAAAAAUGAAAAAGAUAAUAUUGCAGACGAUAAGAAAACUGAAAAAGAAGUAUCUAAACCUGUUAAAGUUUCUAAAUUGUUAAAAGAUCAGUCUUCAAAAAAGGAAGACACUCCUGUUGAUAAUAAUAAUGAAAAUAAAAAAGAAGAAAAAGAAGAUGUUGAUAAAAAAGACAAAGUACCUCCAUCAGAAAAAGUUGAGGAAUUACCAAAAAAGUCUUUGCGAUCCGUGCGAAGUAAAAAGAUAACAAAUGUUACAAAUAAGAGUCAGGAGUCAAAACCAGAGCCUUCUGUAGUGAAGGAUGUUUCCACUGAAGUAGUAUAUAUAAAAGGAAGAAGAACUAGGCAAAAGAAGAAAGAAAAUGAAGUAACACCCGCUGUUAAUAAAAAACCGAAACUAACCAAAGAAAAUAAUGGGACAGACUCAGAUGUUGACCCCAUUCAUAAAAAGUUAAAAAGCACAAAAAGCGUGGCCAGUACAAACUCUUCUCGGGUAUCAUCUCCAAUAUCCGUAGCUGAUUCUAUCAUAACAAUGCCGGAUUCAGUAGACAGUACAGAGCUACCAGUUACAGCUAAGGAUCCCCUCGCUGCAUCAGACGAUGAAUCCAAUAUUGUGCCUGCAAAACCUGUGAAUUUGCAGUCUUUUUCUCUUGACUACAACGAUUCCUCUACACCACCGCCUAUACCUAUCAUUCCAUCUACAAGGACAUUACGAGGGAAACGGAGGAGGGAUGAUAGUCCAAAAGAAAAAGAACUUCCUGCUAAAGAUGGCAAGAGGAUGAAAGUAAAGGGAAAGAGACAGGUGGAUGUACAGUUAAGAAAAAGCAUCGAACAGAAAAAAGAGCAGCAAAUAAGUAGUAGCGACGAAGUUAUAGAAAUAUCAGAGAGUGAAGCUAAAAGCAAAAAACCCGCGUCAAAGAAGAAAAAACCGGCUCCAAAAAGUAAAAAGCCCGCAACAAUUACCAUCAGUGAUGAUGAUUCGACAAGUACUCCUACCCCUAUCUCUGCGCCUGUCAAAGCUGUCAAAGGAAAAGUGGUUAAAGAAAGGAAACCGAUAAAUAGGCAUCCAGAAAAUAAAAAUAAGCGAGUAUUGGCGGGUCUUGAUAUAUCUAGCGAGAGCCUGAAUCUGUCAUCGAAUGUAAGGCAAUCUAGAAGAUUAGCUCAGAUAAAAAUUAAAGAACAAGUAGAGCCCAAGAAACCAGAACCGAAGGCCAAAGAGGAUAAAUCCCCAAGCAAGAAAAAAGGGGACAAGAAGUUACCGGACGUUAUUAUAGUAGAAAGCAAAAAGAAGAAAAAUAAUCGAGACAAGGUUAAAGAAGUCAUUCCCGAACCUGAACCCGAACCCAUCAAAGAAUCGACCAAGAAGAAAAGACAAAGAAAAUACAAGAAAGCUCAUAACUUCGAUGAACAUCGACCGUGGAAGUCUAGCAGCGAGUCUAGCGAGGAGGAGCAUGAAGAAAUCGAAGAGGAAGAAGAGAUUAUUGAAGAAUACGAGCCUCCUCUAGUUUUUAAAUCUGAUCACGAGUUUUCACCAGAAAGUGACCUGGAAACCGCUGAUGGAUACCAACCACCUAAGAGGGCUAGAACUGCCAGGAAAAAAGUAGAAGUCGAUUCUGAUGAAGGGGAGAAAGAAGAGGACUUUCCAUGCCAGAAGUGCGGCAAAUCUGAUCAUCCGGAAAUGGUGUUGCUCUGUGAUAAAUGUGAUAACGGUUGGCACUGUUCAUGUCUUCGCCCACCUCUGUUAAGCAUUCCCGAAGGUGAUUGGUUUUGUCCCCCUUGCCAACAUCUAAAACUCGUUGAGAAUCUUCACGCCAAAUUAGUAGAAUACGACAAGAAACUUACCAAAAAGGAAGUAGAAGACAGACGAAAAGAACGUCUCGCCUACGUCGGCAUUAGUCUUAACAACGUACUACCCGCUAAAGAAAAGGAACACCGCAAAAAGAGACGAAGGCAUUCAUAUGAUGGUACUCCCAGUAGUAGCGAGCAAUCAGAAUCAUCAGAGUCAGAGAGUGAAAGUAGCGAUAGUGAACCGAUAUAUCAGCUCAGGCAACGUAGACAAGCGAAGAGUUACAAGUUUAAUGAAUAUGAUGAGCUUAUCAAAUCGGCCAUACAGGAUGAGAUUGAGGAGAAGGCGCAAGAUAAAGCUACACAAAAACAGAGCCGCGGUAAAGAUAUCGCUACUAUAGUAAGAGCCGAAGAAGAGGACAGAAAAGAGAGAGAACAAGCCGAAAAGAAAGAUAUCCCUGAAGAGGUCCCAGAAGAAAAGAAAGAGGGCGAAGAAGAAAAAAAAGAAGACAACGAGGACAAAAAUAAGAGUGAUUCUGACAAUGAGGUGAUUAAACCUGUGGUGAAAAAGAGGAAGAAGAGGCGCACUUUGAAGAAUCUGGAAAUGAGUAGCGAAGAGGAUGACGAGAAAGAUGAAGAUUUCAAGGGAUCGAGUUCUGCCAGUUCCGAAGAGGAAGAACAAGAAGAUAGUGAUGAUAGUGAAGAUUACGCGGUUGGUAAAAAAGGGAAGUCUCUACGUCCAGUUCGAAGGUCAACCAGAGCCAGAGUCUCACGUUUUGACGCAGAUUUUAUUAAUGAUGACGACGAUGAUAUUCCUAAGAAGAAAAAGAAAAAAGUCAAGUAUUUUGGCGAGACAGAGUCGAAUUCAGAAUCUGAAGGCACGUGGGGCAGAAAAAAGAAAAAACCACGCAGAAAAAAGAAAAAGAAGGACAGCAUCCUUGACGAAUUAUCUGAUCUAGAAAUUAAGGUGAAUAAAAAGCGACCUAAGAUUAAAUAUGGAGGAUUAACGUCUAGUGAUGAUGAUUUUGGAAGAGGACGCAGGACUAGAGGAAAGAGAACUACCUAUAUCGACACAUUAGGAUCAGAUAGUGAAGAUGAGAGGCGUAGACGUGACAGACUUGGUCUGGUCAGUGACGACUACGACGAUGAAGACUUCGUGGCCAACGACGAAGAGGAAGAAAAGGACAGCAAAGAGAGUGAAGUAGAAAAUGACAACGAAGAUGAAGAGAAAAAUGAGACUGAAAGAAAAGCUUUUGUACCUAAGAUUUAUAUUAAGAAACCGCCUACAACAACUACAGCAACACCAGCCUCAGCUGCUACUAAAGAAUCUGACAAACCAAAUCCGGCAAAGGAAAUUUCCAAAGAAAAGACGGAUGAAACCGUGGAUAAUAAAACAGAAGAAAAGAAAGAUGAAACAAAAGAAGUUGAAGAAAAGGUUGGCGAGGAGAAAACGGAGAAAGCUGUAGUAAUUGAGAAGUUGAAAGAAACUUUGGAAGCGAAGGCUCUUUCUGUUCCAGUUUCUGCUCCUAUUGCUGCUCCUGGUCCUGUUUCUGCUUCCGUUCCUGUUUCUGCUCCUGGUCCUGGUUCUGCUCCUGUUCCAGUUUCUGCUCCUGUUCUUGCUUCUGCACCAGUUUCUGUUCCUGUCCCUAAAGAUUCUGAAAAAGAAGUAGAGUGUAAUAAACAAGAACAGAAAACAGUAUCGAACGCCAUAGAAGAAAGAAACGGCAACGGUACUACAACAGAAGAAUCUAAGAAAAAGAUUACGGAACACUUAGACAAGGUGAAAGAUUUAGUCAAGAACUUAACAGGAAUAGUAGUCGAAAAGAAGAAAAGAAAAUCCAUCGAUGGCGAAUCUGAAGAGGUCAUCGAUGUACAAGGAAAGAGGCAGCAAGUUUCAAAUAUCAGUCACGAACCAAUUGUCUCAAACUUUAGUGUCAUCAAUAACGACGAUGAUAAUGAAGAACUAUCUGAGCCGCCUAUGAACAUAAGUAUCCCUUUCUUGGAUGCUUUAAGUCAAAAAGACGGAGAGGAGACUCCUAAAAAGAAGCGAGGACGUCCGGUUAAACCUAAAAAAACUUUAGAAGAAGCUAUCAUCAAUUUGGGAAAUAAAAAAACCUCUUCUGAACCAGAAUGCAAUAUCGAGAUAGCGGCUCCCCCUCAGCCGUUUUCACAAAGCGCUCCCACGCCUUCUGUGAUAACCAGGAUGUUGCAAACGAAGCCUGGUCAAACGACGACCUAUCCCAUAGGUUCUAUAAGGCCUAAACAGUUCGCUACCAUGCUGGACGAUGAUGAUGACGAGGAUGACAACGCUCUAAGUAAACCGAAGGACGAAACACCGGCAAUGGCGCAUACCGGAGGACCACCACCUGGGAGUUUUCCUCCAGGUGGACCAAGAGUACCAUUGGGCUUGCCAUUUAGACUGAGUUACCCUCAAAAUAUGAACCAUUAUCCACAUGGAAUGAUUCCACCCCAUCAAAUACGAGGACCACCUCAUACUUCAGGAAUUCAUCCGCCGAUCUACCAGCCUCACAGAUUCUUGGAUCCUUCUCCUUCGGGAGGCGGUCAGAUUAUUCCUCCAGAAGCGAAUCCUUCUGGAAUGCGUCCGUUGCCUUCCGGGAGCCCCGGAAGCAAAGGCGAGGUACAAAACUAUUCGAGAACGCCUCCGCCUAGUCGGUUCCCGCCUCUUAGUGCGCCUACCAACGUUCCAGGUCCUGCGCCUCGACCGCCGCACAUCAUACCUGCCCACAUGCCGCAUCCUAGACGCACGUAUUCUCCCGUACAACAACCUCCUCCAGUCCAUCCUGCUCAAUCACCGCAGCCACCGGCUGGCUACUAUCCUCCUUAUCACCCACCCUCCGAACCAAUUCCACCUCCCGAUGAAGAGCCUCAGUCAUUUAGCCGCGCGCCCCGGGCGUACGAAGAAUCGUUUGAGGAGGAGGAGGAGGCCGCACCGCCAGAAAAUCCUGGAAGAAGUGAUGGUGGUGGUGAAGAAUCCGGUGAAUUCGGCGGAUUAGUUUCUUAUUUCUCAAGCCAAAGGGACGAAGAUUUAGAAUCAUAGUUCGUAGUUGGAGGAAGUAACGAAGCCAUUAUUUUGACUGUAACUGUAAGUCUGUUAUAGGACAAAAAACCAAAAACUGGAUAUUCUGGAUGAGCAAAGCUAAUGACCAAAUUUCUUUUUGGUUUAUCCUUAAAUAAUUAAAGGAAUAGUAAACAGAAUAUUUUAAUUCUAUCAAUAUACAAGUUAAUGCAAAAAUAAUUAAUUUUUUAAAUAUUUAAAAUGUAUUAAGUUUGUGAUUGUAUCAAGACUUGCCAGUCGUUUGGUUGUGAUACUGUAAAAAUGUUGAAGAAAAAAUUGCAAAAGUUGCGAAUUAAUUUGUUUAUAAGAGAUUUAAACAAAAUUAAGGUAUAAACUUUGAAAAUCUGGCUAAUGGAAGUUAUAGAACAACUCAAAACGAACAUUUUUACCUUUGGUGAAUGUUUCUGUGUUAAUUUUUGACCAAGAUAUGGAACUUUUAAUGACGCGCUCUGAGACACAGCGCAUGCGGGCGCGCGUAGUCAUCUUCCAUCAACCAAACUGCCAACGUUUAAAACUAUUAUAAACACAUUAAUUCACCACUUUUAAGUAGUAAAAACUAACUUGAAAAUUGGCUUGGUUCUUCUUUUAAUUCCUGAGUUCAACUCAUACUUUAUGAUCAACUUAAGUAAUAUUUUUUACCUAUUUAUAUAAAGUAACCAUUUUUUAGAAAUUAUGAUUAAGUGGAAAUUACAAUGAGAAUCAUUAAUGCAGUUCUGUUCAUUGUAAAAUUUAUUAGAACAGAAUUUACAUUCACUGCACGGAUAAUUGGGAUAAAAUCGUAGACAUAAUAAGGAUAGACAAGGUAAGGUAUGGACCGCUCAUUGGCCCGUACUCACGUCAUUGGGCAAUAUUCCCUUUGAGUGGUCUAGCCAUCUUUGUCUGUCACAUCAGAGGGAUCGCUUAGUAAAAAGAAAUAGGGCGCGUUCAGCGGUGGGUGAUGAAUUUACGCUACUGAUACAUCGAAUGAACUGCUCUUUAUAUUCCGGUACAUAUCCUGCUCCAAUUUGUUUGUCAAAUGUCAAAUAUUUUAUUUAGCUGUUAAGACCUUAACCAAACUUUAUUUUGUAAUUUUGUCUACUCUAAAUGAAAAAUAAUUAAUUAUCAGAUAUCAGAUCAUGUAGUACUGUUUUAUUUUAAAACAGGUAACAUUAUAUACAAUAGAUACCUUUAUAAAUCUGGUUCACUUCCUCCCUUUGUUAGGUUUUUAUCAAGAACUAUUAGAAUGGAAUUCCAGAAUAUUCUUGAAGAGGAAAAGAGGAAAAGGAAAGAGGAAAGAGAAAUAUUUGCGCCAAAAGUACAUGUUUAUUGUUUUUACGCAUGCGUCAUUUUCGAAUUUCGAGGUUCAUUCGAUAUAGCGCACGACGCAAAAAUCGUUCAGCGUGAAGGAGCGACUUGUGAUCCUAUAGAUCACUUUAUGCUCAUUCGCCGUUGAACGCCACCAUAGAUAGACCACCGAUCGACUGCCCGCGCGUUACGCUAGUUUGUUCAGUAUGCCUUGUCUAUUCUUACUAUGUCUAUGGAUAAAAUACAGCCAGGAUCAUCGAAUAGGGAUAAGCCAAAGAGGAAUAUUUUGUCCAUUUGCUCAUUGCUCAUCCAGGUAUUCGUUGCAACACUUAUUUGGGUAAAUUUAAUAUCGGAAUAGAUUUAAUCAAAUCUAUAAUAUUUCGCUAAUUGUAAAUAUUUCCUAAUUUUUACAGAUGUAAAUAGUUGUAUAUAAUAUUAAUUUCUUUUUUCAUAUAAUUGGAAAGUGAUACAGUAGGAGGUAUAAUAUUUAUCAAAUCAUUCUGUACCAAAAAUUUUAUUUGUCAUGUCCUUUUAUUACGCAUACUGUUCGAAGUAAAUGGAAUGUAAAAUAUUAUCUUUGAUGGUCAUUUAAAACAAGGAUAUGUGUACAAGUUGACAGAGAUAUCUGAAACCGCCAAUGGUUACGCGAUGUUGUCAGAUCAAUCGGAUUUCAAAGGUUUUACGAUAUUUUUUUUGUUACCUACUUCGCAGUAAAAUUUCCUUCUGCCUAAAUUUUAAAACAUAGUGUAUAAUUUCACGGGAUUGUUCACUUAGUGUCCUAUUUUUCACGCCACUUGUAAUAUUCAUGUUUAUUAAAAUAUAUUAAAUAUAUUCUAAAUAAACAACAAUUCGACGAUUUUGUCUGGCAAUAUCGCAAAACCACUAAUUUGAUGCACAUUGGAUUUUAAAUUGAUGUUUACACUUUUCACCAAUUUUUUAUUUGUUAUCUGAGUGACCUUCACGAUUCCGGAUAUUUUUGUACAAUAGUGCUUUAGCGUUUUAUAUUCUUAAGAUUCUGCCAUAACUUUUUAUUUUAUUAUUACACGUUACGUUCAUUAUACUUUUACUGAUCAACUGUAUGUAUUUUUUGUCUUGAAGUUUCUACCAAAAACGUGUUGUCAAGCAUUUGGAUAGCCACAAUAAUCAGUUUGUUUUUUUUUACUGCAUGCAAAUUCUUGAACAGCCCAAUUGAUCUUGUAUAGAUUGAUAAUUAAUAUUUUGAUCUGGCACGGAUACGGAGUGUAAUUCCCAUAUGCCAUUCUUCUGUUAUAUAAUAUAUAACAUAAGUUUGGAGUAUACAUAUUAUGUAUACUCCAAACUUCAGUGAACAACAGCUUUUCCAUUUUGUACGUCUAUUUUGGUUAAAUUUGGAAUAUCAGUACGGCUUAGUUACAUUCUCCCUGAUCUCCACUAUCCGUUGCUUUCGCGGUUCCUGGUUCCGCGAGGGGAACCUGGUUAAUUCUGAGUAUUAAAACAACCUAAUAGCUACAAAGAUUUAUUUAACAUAAACUAUAAAAUAAAACAGAAAGUGAAACAAAAUAUUAGAAAAAUGUAGUGACUCUUGAACUAUUCAGACUAUUAGAUAUAAAACACUGUAAAGAUUAAAAGACCCUAACUUAUCACAUACAAUACACCCUGAUGAAUGAAAUGGACCCACGUUCAGCAAGAAUCAGAUAUAUACCGUAACCAUACUAUAUUUAUAGGUUUGUUCGUAGUACGAUCCAAUCGAUCAGCAACCGUUGCCAACCAUCAGACGCAUGCGCAGUUAACAGUUAGCGCUGCGCAGUUAACAGUUCGAGUUCGUAGACUACGAACGCGCUUGCGUCUGGCGGUUGGCAACGGUUGCUGAUCGUUCUACGAACAAACCUAAUAUUACUAGUACCAAAUAUAAAGUGAAUAAUUUAUACCAUUUAGUGUCAAAUACCUACUUGUUACCAGGACCUUCCCUUAGCCUCGAGUGAUGAAAAACAGCGUGUCUCAAGCUGAGGUUAUGUCACAGUAACUAAACCGAAAUUAUUCAUCCGCACACAAAAUUUAUAGGUUCAAAUCCGUCUUCGUCUUAGACGAUGGUUUUUCGUAAAACCAACCUAUUUUAUGGCGGAUGAAUCUGGAUCAGCAAAACACAACUUAAAUUUUGCAAUCCGAGCACUGUCGUCAAGACAAAAACCAAAAUGGACAGACCGGAUGUCAUCCGUCUUUGCUUAAUGUCAUUCGAUCUGAGUUCCAACUCAGACGAACCAUUCAAGCACGGAACCACUGAUUGAUUCAGUUACGUGACAAGAACCUAUGCACAACCUGUGAACGAGGGAAAGACAGCAUAUUUCUAGAAUCUCAAACCAUUCCUAAACAAAUCAACAGAACAGAACCUUUUUGCGAAUGAACCAAAUGUUUUAUAGGAACUACCAUAGGCGUAACCAGGGGGUUUUAAAGUAUUUAAAUAUCUUUCAAUUUAACAUAAUAUAUAAAUGAGUUGUGAAGGUUUAAAAAAACCGUAACAUUCUACCGUUUGAGCUAUCCGGCCAGAUUUUGAUAAUAUUGUAAAUUUGCAUUUGUCGAACAGUUUGUAUAGUACAUAUUUGUAUUUUGUCAAUGGGUGAAUUUAAAUGUAGAGAUAUUGAAAUUAUUCUUACCUUGAAAUCAUAAGUUCUUUAUUGAUGGUUUCUUAAUAGUAUGUUAAGGGUUAUUAUUUUAGAAGUACAUAUAGGUAAAUUACUAAAAAGAGGUUAUGUAACACGAAUAACUGAGGUGCUAUUCAUCCGUUAUAUACACUUCUCGGAAAAAUUAACGCACCACCUUAAAAAGGGGUCAUUUUUGAUGUCUCGAAUUUCCUAAAUCUGUUGUCUGAUUAAAUGAUUUUUUUAAUAUGUUAUAGCCUUAUUCUUUAACAAUAUCGCUGUAAUAAUAUUGUUGCUAGACAGGUAAAUUGUUAUUGUAUACCGGGUGUACCAAUCAAACUGUGAUUAAAGUUCGCGUGACCCUGUGGAAUAUUUUAGCAUUUAUAAAAUACUGAAAUUAAAACCCGACUAUAGGCUCAUGUUUUCUCAACAAUCUGUUUUUUGAUUCAUUCGCUUAUGUUGGAUAAAAAAAAAAGUUAGGUACUUUAACAACUAGCCUUGUUUUUCGUCAAUACCCUUGUUUUUAAAUAAGGAUGACAAACUUAUAAUAUAGGGGUAAUACUGCAUGAAAAAAUAAUGACAGUUUGCUUUAUAAACGUAAGUCCGCAAAUGCUUCGUUUUCGAGCAGGAAUAGUGCGCAGGGUCUUGUUUGUUAAAAAUCGAUACGUACAUGAUUCGUUUGUGUACAGUGAUUCGCUCUUGAGGGUAAAUUAACGAACAUCAAAGGCUGCACACUAACACGAACCGACGAACAAUGAAUAAAUCAGGCACCGAGCUAGGGGGUGUUAAAAUUUUUCUUACAAACUGACGAUUUAUUUAUUGAUCUAAAACAGGUUUAGAUAUGCAAAUAUGAUUUGGUGGGUUUUAAGAGGUAGUUAUGGCGCAUUUUUUGAUAUACAAUUAGGAAUGUAAUAUUCACCAUUGGCCCGCAUACGGGUAAUAUGACCCUUAUGUGCGCCAAUGGUGAACAUUAUCAUCAUCAUCAUGGCUUAUUCUGGGUCUUCCCUUUGGUCUCUUUGUUGUUGAUCUCCAACCAGUUAUUCGCUUUAGCGUAGAGUCUGGGCUAGCUCUUUUUGUGUGUCCCAGCCACCUGAGCCUUUGCGCCUUCGCGAACUUGAUUAUGUUUUCACCCUGGAUGACUUCUUUAAUUUCUUCAUUGGUUAAUCUUUUAAAUUCGCCUACACUUAUCCUCACCGGUCCCAUUAUUCGUCGAAUUAUCUUUCUCUCUAAGAUUUCUAUCCUCGUUUCAUCUUUUUGUUUUAGGCACAUCGUGUCUGCACCAUAGGUGAUCACUGGCCUGAUUGCAGUCUUGUAAAUUUUUAAUUUGGUUGUCUUACUAAUGUGCUUUUCUUCUAGCUUGUCUUUCCAGCAUUUCGAUUCUAACUUCUUGUUCCGUGAUUUUAGUUCUCAUUGCUUUGUUAUCUGCUUUCAACUGCUCGUUUUCUUAAUUUAUUUAUUCAGGUCUACUUGCAUUUUAUCUAUUUUACUUCCGAUUCUUACAUUUCUUUCAUCCAUUUUCUCUAAUUUUUCUAAUAUCUGCUCCAUUGUACCGCGGUAAGGGUGUCCGCCCAAUCCACUUGUCGGACCUUCAACCCUUCUCAGCACUUUGGAGUUUUACUCAGAUAUGGAUUUUCGUAAUAAUGAUUCGGCUUUACUGCAGAAAUUUUUCAGUAGCCGGCAACGUCGCUUUUAUUUUAGACAGCACUUCAGCUCUUAUCGGGAUGUUUUUGUCUAUCUAUUGUUUAUUAAUUGUUUAAAGAGGUUAUUGUGCUUUUUGCAAUGCUUACUCAUUAAUAUCUGCUGAAUUUUGACGAAAUAUUUUUAUCGGAAGAACUGUCGUCGGUCUAAAUUCACUGUAGUUUAUUUGUAUUAGUUUAUUUUUCACUUUGCUACACUAAAUUUAUAUUUUAAUACGGAGCGUAUUUUGACAGUAUCGUUCGGAUUCAAGCCUCGAUGCCAAGUCCAAUGGUGAACAUAAGAUUCUUAAUUGUAUGUCAAAAAAUGCACAAUAACCACCUCUUAAAACCCACCAAAUUUCAUUUGCAUGUCUCAACCGGUUUUAGAGCAAUAAAUAAAUCAUCAGUUUGUAAGAAAAAUUUUAACACCCCCUAGCUCGGUGCCUGAUUUAUUCAUUGUUCGUCGGUUCGUGUUAGUGUGCAGCCUUUGAUGUUCGUUAAUUUACCCUCAAGAGCGAAUCACUGUGCACACACGAAUCAUGUACGAAUCGAUUUUUAACAAACACGACUCUGCGCACUAUUCGAGCUUACGUUCGAAUCAUCAUCUUUUUAUUUGAUUUCAUAUCUCUACAGUUAAAACGCAAAUUGACUAAGGAUGCUUUUUAUAAAUAUAUUUUUUAACUUAAUUUAGUUAAAAGGUGUGAUAGAUUAUUGUAAAAAAUGAAAGAAUUGGAAACAAAAUGAUUUUGAAGUUUAAGGUUUGUAUCUUGUCUUUUCUAUUUAUUAACAUAUUCUGGAAAUAUGUAAAAGUUUGCGGUAUAUGGUCCGAUUUCAAUAAAUAUGUUAAUAGAAUUAUCUCGAAUGACAUCGUAGUAAACGAUGAACAUGAACAAUUGCAGCAAGCAUUACCAAUAAAUGCACUUAUAAGUUUUGCUGAUCAAGAUAAGACAAGCGUACGAAUCUCACUUAAAAAUAUUUUUUUAAAGAUAUUUUUGUUUUUGUAUUCUUUUAAACUUGUUAAUUUUUCCUGAUAUAAUUUUUAUCUGCAAGAAUUAUUUUUCUUAUUGUUAGUGUAUCAGUGUGGAUAAUAUAGUAAUUUUGCUUUAAUCUGUUUAUUAAAUAUAAAUUCGACCUAAUCUGUAAACUGCGUAACUCCAUUUAUCCAAAUUUUACAUGAGACAUAAAAAACUAUUUCUCUAAAUAUCUAAUGCGAAUACUACGUAUCUCCCAUUUAAGAUAGGAUGGUAAAAUGGAAUUUUUAUAAUAGUAUGGUAUAACUAGACCCAAACCCAGACAUCCAAAGUGAAAAUUAUCCUCCAACACCAAAUUGUUCUAUAUGGUCCACAUAAUGUUCAGAAAAAAGUCACACCAUUUUGAGCGUCGGGUUAGGGGGGAGGGGGGAGAAAUCAGUAAAUUCGUAGUUUUUUAUGUUUUUCGUCAAUAUUUCUAAAAAUAUGCGGUUUAGCAUGAACAAACUUCUAUACAAAAAUAUUCUACAUUAAAGUUGAAAUAAAAAAGGUUCUAUGCAUAAUCCUUCUAAAAUGAACGGUUCCAAAGUUACGGAGGUAGUAUAGUAUAAUUGUUCCAAAAAAGGCCUAACCCAAACAUCCAAAGUAAAAGUUUUCCUCCAACACCAAAUUGUUUUAUAUGGUCCACAUAUUGUUCAGUAAAAAGUUACACCAUUUUGAGAGUCCGGUUUGAGGGGGAGGGGGGAGAUGGGAAAGAAGUCGGUACAAUGUUCUAUACAAUUAUGUUCUACAUAAAAUUCAAAACAAAAAAGGCCCGAUACACAAUUGUUAUAAAAUCAACGGUUCCAGAGUUACGGAGGGUGAAAAGUGGAGGUUUUCGUUUUCGAUACUUUUUAUAUUUCAUUGGCAAUUUAUAAUAUUAUUACUGACUAAAGAAAUUUUCUUUAACAGGAUUGUGUUUUGUAAAUAAAAUUUGCUAUUUUAAUGGCCGAUGGUAUGUUAAUGAUAAGCCCUUGAAGAAACAUCAACCUCACCGCCCAAAAUCAUCAUCAAUUGCCCAAAAAAUAUAAAAAGUAUCGAAAACCUCCACUUUUCACCCUCCGUAACUCUGGAACCGUUGAUUUUAUAACAAUUAUGUAUAGGACCUUUUUUGUUUUAAAUUUCAUGUAGAACAAUCAACUAUUUUUAAUUGGAAAUAAGCCACAAUUUUACCAAAAAAAAGGUUUUAUUAACGUUUCGAAGCCCAAAUCGGGUUUCGUUGUCAAAAUACAAAAUACUACUGAUUUUUGUAUUUUGACAACGAAACCCGAUUUGGGCUUCGAAACGUUAAUAAAAUCAUUUUUUUGGUAAAAUUGUGGCUUAUUUCCCAUUAAAAAUAGUUGAUUAUAAAAAUGCCACAAGGAAAUAGCUUCAGAAUAACAUUUAUGUAGAACAUUUUUGUACAGAACAUUGUUUAUGCUAAAGCAUAGUUUUCGAAAUAUUGACGAAAAACGUAAAAAAACUACUAAUUUACCGACUUCUCCCCCAUAUCCUCCAAACCGGACGCUCAAAAUGGUGUAACUUUUUACUGAACAAUAUGUGGACCAUAUAGAACAAUAAUUUGGUGUUGGAGGAAAACAUUUACUUUGGAUAUCUGGGUUAGGCCUUUUUUUUACCAGUUAUACUAUACUACCUCCGUAACUUUGGAACCGUUCAUUUUAGAAGGAUUAUGCAUAGGGCCUUUUUUAUUUCAAAUUUAAUGUAGAACAUUUUUGUACAGAAGGUUGUUCAUGCUAAACCGCGUAGUUUUAGAAAUAUUGACGAAAAACGUAAAAAACUACGAAUUUACCGAUUUCUCCCCCCUCUUCAUCCCAAAGCAGACGCUCAAAAUGGUGUGACUUUUUUCUGAACAUUAUGUGGACCAUAUAGAACAAUUUGGUGUUGGAGAUAACUUUCACUUUGGAUGUAUGGGUUAUGCCAUCUUUUGAAUCAAUUGUAUCAUACUGUAAAUACACAUAUUAUAUCACUAACAUUUGUAUAUUGUUUAAUAAGUAUUUAAUAUUACUUACCACCAACUUUUUCUUGAAAAUAUCACUUUCUAAACAGUGAUAGGUAGGUAUAUAGGUGAUAGUGAUAGUGAUAAGGUUGGCUAGGUGCUACUUUUCUCGACUUUGUUUUACGGAAUGGAAGCUUGGACCUUGAAUGCGACAUCAAUGAAAAAACUGGAAUCAUUCGAGUUGUGGAUAUAUAGAAGAAUUCUGAAAAUAUCAUGGACAGCACACGUCACCAACAAAGAGGUUCUGAGAUGAAUAAAGAAAUGGAAUUCUUAAAUAUGUACAAUCAAAACCAGAAAAUUGGAAUAUCUUGGACAUACUACACGUGGAGAGAGAUACAACUUGGUCCAACUCAUUAUCCAAGGAAAGAUUCAAGGAAAAAGAAGCAUAGGGAGACGCAGAAUAUCGUGGCUGCGCAACCUGAGAGAAUGAACUUUUCAGAGCAGCCGUCUCCAAAAUCCGAAUAGCUAUUAUGAUUGCCGACUCUCGUCGCGGAGAUGGCACUUAAAGAAGAAACAGUGAUAGGUCAGUUGUGUGGUAUGACAAACUAGGGGGUUACGUAUUUUUCGUACUAAAAUUAGCGGCAAGGGAGAUACGCUGUAUACGAAGAGAUCGCUAGUUAGUCAUCUGAUAAAAAUAUGCACGUGCGUCGUUUUUUAAACGAUAAGUAGGGACUUUUUCAAACAGAUGGCAGUAAUAACUGAUUUUCAGAGAAUUAUAGAGUUACGCAGUUUACAGAUUAGGACGACGAUAAUUAGUGUAGUGAGUCUAUGGAUAUGGAGGUUUGAGUUUUUUCAUCCCUAUUGAUCCCUGAUCAUUGAAUCUAGAACAUCUCCAAAUUCACAAUUUCUUGCCAAUCACAUUAUUUUUAGAUGUGAAGUACUUCUCCAAUUCAGCUAAUACUGUAUCAUACUAUUUUCUGUGCGCAUCGUUAGCUUUAAGGUGUUAAACACAUUAAGUCCUUCUUCUCCCAAAAAUUUAACAGUAGAAUAUUUUUACUGAGUCUUCCUUUUCUGCCUUGCCACUGGCCAGGAGCUAAAUUUCAAAUGUCUGUUUGAGUCGCCACGUUUUCAGCCACGUUACCUUCAAAUGACGAUGGUUCUUUUCUUUAAGUGCCAUCUCCCAAUCGAAGGUUGGAUAUCAUCAUCACUAUCUUUACUUUAUCUACCGCUGCUCUGAAGGGUUCUAUGGAACUGUAUUUAAACUAGUCUAUUAAAUUCUUCAACCAUGAAAUUCUCCUUCCUAUACUCCUUCCGCCUCUUAUCUUUCCCUGUAUUAUCAGUCUUAACAUUUCAUAUCGCUGUCUCCUUGUACGUGUUCCAGAUAUUGUAACCUUCGUAUUUUAAUUGUGUUUAUUAUUUCGUAUUAUUUGUCCAUUUCUCGCAAUACUUCCGUGUCCGUUAUCUUCUGUGCCCAUACUAUUCUAAGCAUCCUGUAAUAUCACAUUUCAAAUUACUGUGUUCUUGGUUCAGUGUCCAGAUUGCAAUAUCGAGAACACGUAGCAUCACACGAUGAUGGUUGAGGGAUGCUAAACUCCAUAUUUUUCCAGUUCUCUUGUUUUCGUUUUAGUAUGGAAGCUGCAGAUUUCAUUGAUCACAAGACUGCACUAUGUAAUAAUGUUUAAUAACGAUUGUUCGUCAUCAAUAUCUUUGCUUUAUCCCUAUGCGGGGUCGGCUUCCUAAAAUUGCAUUUCUUCAUCCAAUUCUAUCUUGGGUAAUAUCAAUAUUAAUGCCCUUUAAAAACAUGUCCUGCCUAAUCGUCUCCCCCCACGUCUUCUUUGGUCUUCCUCUCCUACUCCUUCCAGGAAUCUGCACUUCAGCAAAUUCUUCGUUUUGGUGAUUAACGUCUCGACGUUGAACAUCUUACCAUGGUUGAACAACCAAACCAUCUUAAACUAUGUUCUCUCAUUUUGGCGUCAAUUGGUUUCCACAGUUCAUCUAAUAUGUUCAUUUUUAAUUUUAUCUUUUUUUGUCAUUCCACGUAUCCAUCUAAGUAUUCUCAUUUCCUCCACAUGCAUUCGUUGUUUCUCUUUCUUUUUCACUGCCCAACAUUCAGUUUCGUACAUCAUAGCCGGUCUUAUAGCUGUUUUAUAGAAUUUUCCCUUCAGUUCAUUGGAAUUGUUCUGUCGCACAACACACCACUCGCAACUAUUGCUUUUCACAAUAAUUUCACCAUCCAAAGAUAUAAUUUUAUUUGUAGUAACUCCAUCUUUAAAUGGACAUUCCAAAUACUCUGUUUUCGUCCUGCUAAGUUCUAAACCUUUUUCCUGCAGAGCUUGUUUCCACUGUUCCAGUUUUUAUUCUAAGUCUCUUUCACUAUUUCCCACUAACACUACAUCAUCAGCAUACAUUAAGCACUAUGGAAUGUUACCCCGUAGUUUCCCUGUUAUCUGGUCCAAAAUUAAUGAAAAUAAAUAAUAAGGACUAAGCUCCGGGCCUUGGUGCAAUCCUACUUUCACAUGAAAUUUAUCAGUCUCCCACACAUGUCCUAACACUAGUCGUUACUCACUCAUACAUAUCUCUCACAAUCUUUACAUAUUUACCAGAGACUCCUUUCUUAUUGAGUGCCCACCACAGAAUCUCUCGAGGAACUCUAUCAUAUGCUUUCUCAAGAUCCAUGAAUACCAUACGAGUGUUUGUUUCUUUUUUCCUGUAUUUUUCCAUCAUGAAAAUUGCAUCUGUUGUUGGUCUGCCUUGUUUAAUAACGAUUGUAUUAUUUUAUCUAUACAUUCAUAAGCUAUUCAGUCUCAUAACAGAUUGAAGUUUUGUCCUUUUGUCAGGGAUUAAUCAGUUCGCCCUUUGAGUGUGUACUCAUUCAAUUUUACUAUAUUCUACAUUGAGCAAAUGAAACUAUAAUCGUUUUAAGUCCAACUUACACAUUGUUUAUUUGUAAAGCUGUAUUUAUUUAUACGAAAGUGCUAGUAUUAAAAAUACUAGGAUUUUCCAUUGCAAGGAUCUACAGCUAUUUUAUUUAUUUUCUUAAGUUUGUGCAAUUCCCUUUUAUUUAUUUUCUCUUAACUCUUGCAGAAGAUUAUUUAUCUCUAUAUUAUAUUUUCAUAUAACUGUAAAUUUUAUGUUUUAUAGUAAUAGAGAUUCCUUGUCGAGAAUUAAUUAAUUCCUCUAUAUUAUGUAGCUGAUUUUAUUUUCACAAAUUCUUUUUUCAAUGUUUUAACGGUAUUUUGUAAAAAAUAAUUUAAAUAAAUCAAUCGAAUUCA